AUCUUUAGUAAAUGAAUUUUUUCAUAUUUUUGCUAAAGCAGUUAGUCCAUCUCAUGUGACAUCCCUCUCCAAAAAAAAAGAACGAUUAAUCAAAUCAGGAUUCACUGAAUUGAAUUAGACACAAGAUUGUAAAUUAAAAAAGGGUGUAAAAUAUUUCUUCACAAGAAAUGUUACUACAAUUGUUGCCUUUACUGUUGCUUAUUAGUUUGAUCCAAAUAAUAUAUGAUUUAAAAUCAUUGGUGCUAACACGGAUAAUCCAUGUUAAGAUUAGCACCUGUCUCUAAAUUAGAUUCUAAUGGAUUUUUAUAGACACGUGUUUCUAGUGGUUUAUGGCAUAUAUAGUUUGAUAGAGAAUUAACAUCGGAAAGUCAAAUUGUUUUUAAAAAAGAUAAUGUUGAAGAGUUAAUUAUUCCAUUACUGAAAAACCUUUAUGAAAAAUACAUAAUUUAGCCAUUUAUCUAACAACUGAUAGAAAUAGCUUUGUACUAAAUAGAAAACAUUUAUUUUAUACUUAGAUGAAUCAAAUUUAAGACUAGUUUUUGUUUAAGAAGCAUAUUGAACAUUGAUUGGCAUUUAAAAACCUAAUACAGAAGGUAAACAAGUUUUGAAAACAAAAAUUAUUUAUUUUUACUUAAUUUGAUCACUGAAUAGACAAGUAUUCCAACAUUUGAUAUUAUGGAUGUUAGCUUAUAUUUUUCGGAUUGCUAACCACCUUCAUAUUUUGGUAUGAAUGUAGAAUUAAUUUCUUCGUCUAGAAUUGAUAAUUUAUUUUCAAGUUUUUUUGUGCUGUUAUCAAUUACAAAUUGAGAAAGCUUGACCGAAGACCAAAAUUUUAUUAAUAUGAUUUAUCUCUUUGAUUUUAAGAAAUUGGUUCAUAGAGUGCUUAAGGGGC